GUCUUCCCAUGCUCAGGUGCAUGAUCGUCGAGAAUGAUGUUGGCCGGCCUGGUGUAUUUAAAAGUGCCUGGAACUCAUUAGACACUAAAAAUUGCUACAACUUACGUGCAAGAGAGUUGGACUGUGGUGAACGUGACAUGUCAAGCUACAGAAGUAGAAACGAGCAAAUCCUUGCUGAACUUUUGUCCAGCAUACAAGAAGCCCCUUCAGAGCAACUAAACUGAGACUGAAGAAUGAAAGUCAAGAUUAUGAGGAUGGUGUUGAUGCUCUGCCCUUCCUGUACCGAGUGCUCCACCAGCUAGCCUCUCGCUGGAACUCUCUCUCCCUACAACUGAGUGUCAGUGGCCAGGAUGAGAUCCAACGCAAUGCCCGCA